UUUUCAAAUGUGGGUGGAGCUGAGCAUAAAGAAAAAAGGUAUUUAAAGUUGGGGACAAACUGACUGAAGCAGGCAGUGUGAAAGUAAAAGAGUAAAAUGGCUCUCUACCAGCUUCUGUCUGGUCUGAUGGUGACGAUCCUUCUCUCAUCCAAAGGUUGUCAAUCACAAUCACCAAAAUGUGGUAUGGCGACAUUAAACACCAAAAUUGUGGGAGGUCAAGAUGCACCUCCGGGAAGUUGGCCCUGGCAAGCCAGUUUAAACUCUGCUUUCGGUCAAUUCUGCGGAGGAUCCCUAAUUUCCGACCUGUGGGUGCUGACAGCCGCUCACUGCAUAUCAGAGGACGACGGCGAGAUAACAGCUUUUUUGGGACGCCAAAGCCAGUCAGGUCCAAACCCCAAUGAAGUGUCUCGGACAGUCGUUCAGACCAUGUGUCAUCGUGGAUACAAUCAGUUUACCAGCGACAACGACGUAUGUCUUCUGAAGCUGUCUGCCCCUGUGAACUUUACCGACUACAUAUAUCCGGUCUGCUUAGCCUCAGAAGACAGCGAAUUCUACACCGGGGUCAACAGCUGGGUCACUGGUUGGGGCAGGACUGACAGCGGUACCGUUGCCGACAUCCUGCAGGAGGUGGAUGUACCAAUAGUGGGAAACAAUCAAUGCAAAUGCGCCUAUCCUGAACUCACAGACAACAUGAUCUGCGCUGGGUUCAAAGCUGGAGGGAAGGAUUCGUGUCAGGGAGACUCAGGAGGGCCCCUGGUUACCAAGAACGGUCCAAUCUGGGUCCUGACUGGAGUUGUGAGUUUUGGUAAUGGCUGCGGAUUGCCUAAGAAUCCUGGAGUUUAUGCCCGUGUGUCCCAGUACCAGGAAUGGAUCAGCAACAUCACUGGCAGCAGCAAACCUGGCUUUGUUACCUUCACCUCCUCAGGAGAUGACAGCGACGAAAACUUCAACUGUCCCACCACUACCAGCCGUCCAUGGACACCAUCAAGUCCAUGGACACCAUCAAGUCCAUGGACACCAUCAAGUCCAUGGACACCAUCAAGACCAUGGACACCUCCCAUGACCACCGACGACGACGGCAGUAUCUUCGGCAGUGGUGAAAGCGUGAUCCACGUCUCCUACUUCACUCACUUCGCCUCACUCUGCAUUCUCGUUCUCUCGCGCUACGUGCUGGUCGGUGACGCGUAACUGUUGUCUCUGCCGAAGAGUCUCGUUCACUCUGAUUGAUAAUGAGCCCUCUCUCUUUAAAUGAUUUAUAUUAGGAUAAAAUGAGGGAGUGGGAUUGUUUUUCGAUUCAUGUGUCUUUAAUUGAAGAGUAACUUAACACCAACAGCUGAAAUGCAGGAAAGUGGAAAGAAAGAAAUGUGUCCUGUAAGCAGUGAUGUCCUGGAGUACACCUGUACAUCACUGCAGCAAGGUGAGGAGUUAAACCACUGGAGGUCAGUGAAAGCGACAUUUCAGAGGGGUUGUUAAGUUACUCUUUACAUUUUAAAACCUGUAUUCUAUUAAGAGUUAAUCAUUUAAUAAACUGGCAGAUGAUCGAGUUGGGUAAAGUGCAAUAACUAUCAAUCAAUUAAUCAUCUACAAUAAAGCUUGAUUCUCUUCUUCAUUUAUUUUGUGUACACGAGCGAGCGGGAGAGCAAAGAAUUAUGGGAGUUCUCAUUAAAUGGUUGCAUAGACAUCAA